GCUGGUUCUCGCUUCUAGAUGGCGCCGUCGGACAACAUAACUUCUUUAUAAACAUUUGCACGUGCUGCGAGUAACUCGAACUGGUUUCACUUCAGAAAGAAAGAAGCGACUUUUUGGAAAUAAAAAUGCAAUAAUUCUACGGUAAUGUAAACACGCUUUUGUAAAAUAUAACAAUAGGAACAGCACAAAUUACACGAGCGCAAAAUGAACAGCCUCUGGAUGGGCAACCUGGAGUCCUACAUGGAUGAAGAGUUCAUUAACAGAGCUUUUGCUCAUAUGGGAGAAACAGUGAUGGGAGUCAGACUGAUCCGAGACAAAAUAACAGGGAAAAUGGCAGGAUAUGGCUUUGUGGAGCUGAGAGAUGAGACAUCAGUAGAGAGAUGCCUCCGCAAAGUGAAUGGAAAACCUUUACCUGGUGCCACUCCUCCAAAGAGGUUCAAGUUGAGUCGUUCCACUUACGGGAAACAUGGUGAAAGCUGCUCUACUUUCUCCCUCUUCGUGUCGGACCUCACCCCAGACGUGGAUGAUGGCAUGUUGUAUGAGUUCUUUAAUUUUCAUUUUUCAUCCUGCUGCAAUGGGAAGAUAGUUCUGGACAGCAAUGGAUACUCAAAGUGCUGUGGCUUUGUGAGCUUUGAGAGUGAGAGAGAGCAGAGACAGGCUCUGGCAGAACUCCAGGGUGCUUCUGGACUCGGGAAGAAGCAUUUACGCCUUAAUCUGGCUGCAAAUAAACUGAAGAAGAAAGAGUCGUCUGAGAACAAAAAUGGGCAAUUCCAUGCAGACAGCUAUAAUAUCCAUAACUCAUAUCUGAACCAGUACUAUUACCCAGGGUACUCCAGCUACUCGUCUACAUAUGACUGGAACUAUGAUUACAACUACUUAAAUCCUUCCCAGCCUUAGUGUCUAAUAAAUUUGUUUUUGUAAUCACAGGGUGAAGAGAUGGAAGAUGAUGACCUAGAGUAUCCAGACUCUGGAAUAAAUGUGAUGGAGGCAAAUGAGAGAUUUAUGGACCAGAGUGAGGAACUUUACAGUGCUCUGAUGGGUUGUUUCUUCCAGCCUCCUGAAUCAUGGGACGGGGUCACCUGUAGUGUUACCUGUUACCUACCAGAACCAAUUUAUCAACAUGAGGAUAUGGACUGAGUACAUAUACUCUUGUUUUUUCACUCUUGUUUACUGUUUGUUUAUAUUACAAAGAAUCCAUUAUUAAGGUAACUGAGGACGAAAAUGAAUUAAAAUUACAUUAGUUAAUUUUUUUAAGAAUGCAGCUUUUGCAGUACUGUAUGUGAUUUAUAAUGUCACUGUAGAAGUGUAUAAAUGAAAUGAAUUCAGGUUUGUUUGUUUUGCCAUGUUCUUUUGUUUGGAAGUGUACAAUAAACAGUAAGUUUAGUAAAAUAAAUAACUGAAAUAAGUUUUUGUUUGAACA